AAUAUACCAAGUAAAACUAAUUAGAAGUAUCUGAAUCCCCUAGCAAAAUCUGUAAUUAGACAUGCCAUUUGUAAUUAACAGACUCUUCUCAUUCUUGCCUUUUCCUAUCCAUUUGAAUUAAUCACUGUGUUCUUCCUUUAGUGAUAUUUGUGUUCCUAUCUAAGACACUGAUUAGAGUUUAGUGAUCACUGUGGUAUGUUAUGGAGACUUAUUUUAUAGAAACUUUGCUUUUAAACUUUAUUUAAAAACAUUUGAAUUAUAUUCUCUAUAAAGUAUUAUAUGGAAGAUUUUUUUUUUUUUUGCACAUGGUCAAGAUAAGCAUUUAUUUUAUCAAGUCCUGAAGGCAAACGCAGAGACUAGACAGACUUGAUCAUUUUUUUCUCUCUAGUGCUUUAGCAUCUGGAUUUUUCUUGCCAGUUUGAUCACUGAUCAUUAUCUGCAUAGUUCUGACAGCAUGCGCAUUGACCCUUGGUGAUUGAUAGACCUGGUAUGUCUUCAUUCAUUAUCUUGCCAAAAAAUUAAAACCUGAUAAGCUAGGCAGUGUCCUGUGCUUUGGCUAUGAAGAGGUAGGAGUGAUAUUUAAAGCAUUUACCAGUAAGUACAAAAUAGGCACCAACCAGUUAACAUGGCUGUAGCACUGGAUCAGGGUCUUGAAGAACCACUUACUUCAUCCUUUAUGCUGUGUCAGGCUUUGUUGCUUUACCUGCUGGGUUGUAGUGGUGGUGGGUAGAUUGGGCCAUCAGCAGGCACCUUAGGACUGGUGGAGUUUGAGGCAUUGACACUUCACCAGACUGCCUUACAGAAGUAUUUUAGUACUUAAGUACAACGCUUUAGGCUCUGUUGGUGUGUACCAGCUCAAUAAUAGCUUCGCCAAGAGGUGUUCAGUCAUUGCCCAUAGAGAGCUUACUGUUCUCUAACUGUAAGAGACACAGUUAUAGUUUGAGAGGUACUUGAUGUAAGUAUAUAAAACAUGCAUAAGGGAAGAUUGCAUACAUCUUUUUUUGAAAAACCGGGGAGGACUUCUAUGAGUAGAAAUUUGCCAGAUAGGUUUAAGGAGGAGAUUCUAAACAAGCAGAGGGGAAAAAUAAAAAUUUCGAACGGAUAGGGGCAUAAGAGAGCAUCAUGGAUUCAGAGAUCAGUAAUUAGGAGCAAGAGAAGAUGAAGCUUUUCUCUGACACUUGCUUUUUAAAUUGGAUAAAUACAUAUUAAAAUCACAUUUAUGUUUUUGAAAUUGCUCCAUUUUUGAUAGAUGUGUCAGUUCAUUCUUGCACUGCUAUAAAGAAAUACCUGGGACUGGGAAAUUUAUAAAGAAAAGAGGUUUAAUUGGCCAUGGUUCCUCAAGUUGUAUAGGAAGCAUAAUGCUGGCCAUCUGCUAGACUUCUGGGGAGGCCUCAGGAAACUUAGAAUCAUGGCAGAAGGCCAAGGGGGAAGCAGGCAUAAAGAGAGAGGAAGAAAGUGCUACACACUUGUAAACAACCAGAUCUUGUGAGAACUCUAUCAUGAGAACAGCACUAGGGGUUAGUGCUAAAUCAUUAGAAACUGCCCUCAUGAUGCAAUCACCUCCCACCAGGCCCCAUUUCCAACAUUGGGGAUAAUAAUUUGACAUGAGAUUUGGGUGGGGACUUGGAUCCAAACCAUAUUAGUAGAGAACUGCUAGCCUGUCUGAUACUUAGGUUCUUCAACUAUAUCUAAACUAUUUUAGAUACAGGGAAAGGGAGAAUAGGAAUUUUUUAUAGUUCAGGGCUAUACUAAACAUUCAUAGAGCAAGAGUGCAAUUAAACCCUCAUUUCUGAUUCACUGAGAGCCUUCUAAUGAGCAAACACAGAUUCAGACAGAUUGAGGACAGUAGUUUUUUUUAAUGACAUAAAACUGUUGCCCAUUAGGCUUUUUGGCUGACAUCAUGAAACUAAUUUUGCUUAAUGGCUAUGGAGGCCUACAAAUUCCAAUGUGCAGAAAAUGCAGUAAAUUACUGGCCUGUCAGAUUCCUAUUGCCUGUCAUCUUGUAUCUGAAUGGCAGCUUUUGUAUCCACAUUGUUAGGAGCAAGUAUGUGGACCCCGUUAAGGUUAUAUUUGUACAUGCUUGAAUAAUUCAAUUCAGAGCCAACUAAAUAUAGCAAAAUCAACAACAGUAGAGCAAUGUAUCUUCUUCUACUUGUGUAAUUAGGGAACACAUCUAUGGAUAUCUCUUCUCAUAAUCAGAGAACUCUUGAAAUAGGUCAAGCUUUCAUAGUAGUGUAAGUUCUACUUUUAUUGCCAGAGUUGAUACCUAAUACCUUUGAAAUAUAGUGAAGUCAUGGAGAGCAGAGAAAACAUUUUCUCUAUGACUGUUCAACUCAAUGAAUGAUUUCAAAGUACCCACUCUGUGCUAGGAAUUAUAUGAAGUAUAAAGAUGAAUAAGUGGCAGUUUUCUUUUCUGUUUUGUUUUAUUUUUAUUUAUUUAUUUUUUGAGGACAGAGUCUCACUGUCUCCCAGGCUGGAGUGCAAUAGCACGAUCUUGGAUCACUGCAAUCUCUACCUUGUUCAAGUGAUUCUCCGGUCUCAGCCUCCCGAGAAGCUGGGAUUACAGGCGUGUGUCACUACACCUGGCUAAUUUUUGUAGUUUUAGUAGAGACAGUGUUUCACCUUGUUGGCCGGGCUGGUCUUGAACUCCAGACCUCAAGUGAUCCACCUGCUUCAGCUUCCUAAAUUGCCAGGACCGUGCUUGACUUCUGUUAAUCAUUUAUAUGGUUUCCUCCCUCAAGCUGUAUUUAGAAAAAAACGUCACGGUAGUGGUGGUGGUAUGUGUGUAGUGUUUUCAACAAAGGCUACAGUAAAGAUCUGAGUUACAUAUGAAUAGAUUAUUUGCUUCAAAGAUGGUUUUGAAGUAAUUGUUUAAGUUUUUUGAUGGCUUCACUUUUACAACACUUUCAAUUAAUGAUCCUUAUCUUUUCUCUACUUUCUAUUAUACUGCAUACCUAAAGAAAGAAUAUUUUCAGUGAAAUGUAUAUCGUGUUCCAAUAUUAUUAAUUCAACAGGUAUUUAGAUAGCAUCUACUAGGCUCAAGGUUUGGAGUGAACCAGAAUGUGAAAGGUUGCAAUCCAUAGAGUAAAAUUACUUAGUAAAAAGGAAACUAAAAUAAUGAAGUUUUUACUUUCAGUCCUUUUGGUUUGAUUAAUGGCAUGAAAAUAACAGAAUUCAGCCUUAAAGCCACAUAAUUUAUAUUUGAUUUUGCUGCCAGACUGGAGUACAAUGGCAUGAUCUUGGCUCACUUCAACCUCUGCCUCCCUGGUUCAAGCCAUUCCCCUACCUCAGCCUCCUGAGUAGCUGGGACUAUAGGUGCAUGCCAUGAUGCCCGGCUAAUAUUUUGUAUUUUAGUAGAGACAGGGUUUUACCAUGUUGGCCAGGAUGGUCUGUAUCUCCUGAUUUUGUGAUACACCUGCCUCGGCCUCCCAAAUUACUGGGAUUACAGGCAUCAGCCACCACACCCAGCCCGAUGAGUUGAAAUUUUAUGUUCACAAAACUUACCUGAAAAUGUAUGCUGAAAACUGUCUACUUUGAAUAUUGAUUACCUGAUUAGCAUAUUAAAUCUACGGUUUUGGGUAACAUUCAAAAUUAUAGGUAAGAAAUUAAGGGCAUUCUCUGUGUCAUCUCUUGGUUAGAGGCAAAUCUAGGAAAACAAAAAGAUGAAAAUUGCUACUAUAACAAGUUAUCCCUUUUGUAACAGAAGUAAAAUUUUCAGUGCCCCAAAGGAAAUAGCACUCAAAUAUGAAUUUUCUCAGCAAGGCAAUUUUACUUUCUGUAGAAAGGGUGCUUCUCAGAAGCCCAAUUGUCAUGAGAGCACAUUGAAUAAAGAAAAGCAGAAGCUUUUAUCCCUGGUGCAUUGGGUCCUUAUUGCUGUGUCCUGUCUCCAUUGGCUGGAACUGGACCGCACAAUCUAGACUGAUCUCAAUUGUCUAAAAACUUAAAACUUUCCUAAAUAGAUAAAUGCGUGUUGGAGAACAAAAAAAGGAAGGGGGUAUUUUACGGGAAACUAGGAGAAUAAUAUUUCCAAAUAAGGAAGAGGCAUAGGCUGUAAGCUGAGAAAUGCCUGGGUGUGUUUAGACAUGUCUGAGCAGCUAUAGGCAAAAACAAAUAACUUGAUUAAAGUACAAGAACAUAUAAUGCACUUAUUCUUUUACUAUGUUUAACAGCUACAUAGGGUUUAACAAAGAGUUAACAGCAAAAAGCAAGGAAGCUUGAAGGAAGCUAGUUUUUAAAAGAGACUAUAAUUUCUAACGAAUAUUAUUUAUUCUUUAACAAAAAUGGAAACUUUGAAGAGGAACUCUUUACUUUUCAUGUAACUUUGCUCAUUUCCACUGCCUGGAAUAUCCCUUUUUCUUUUGUCUACUCUUUUUCAUAUCUUACUCAAAGACUUUCCAAAAGUGUUACCUAAACAUUUUCCCCACAGGUGACAUUUUACUCCUUGGAAUUUUAUAAUAUUUUAUUUAUUACAACUUUUAAGAUUUUAAAAACUUUUUUGUAUGUACCUGAGCUAUGUUUCCUUUUGGUUAUAAGCUUCCUGAAGGUAUCAUGGAUGUCAAAUUGGGCCAUGAAGGAUGGAAAGAAUUUGGAUGGGAAGAAAAAGGAGGUCAUGUCCAUAGGAGAGAAACCACAUAGACCAAGGUCCAUGGGACAAAACAGGUAUCUGCCCAAACUGGAACUUAUGCUGUAGUCAUUUCUUUGUGGUUUAUCUAAAAACCAAAGGCAACUUUAAUCUGGACCCACCCACCAAAGUGGAUGAGUUCAAGACUCCUUGGUCAUCAGUAAGACUUUUUCCAUGCCAGGUCUGAAGCCCGCUAUACAAGGCUGUAUAGAGGAUGAGCUGGCUGCGGCAAAUACUACGGGAAUCUUGUCAAUUUUUCAGUGUUGCUUCAUUGAACUUGAACUGAACCUAGGAUUGGCUUUUUGAAUAGGCGGAGCCAAAAGGUGUUGGAAUCCUGAGAAAGCUACUAUGCAUUCCAUGUCCACUUGAUUUGGGGACCAUCCAAGUGGAAAGGUGACAACCUGGACCUCUGGCCUACUCUGCGCCCAAGCGUAACAGUUGCAUUUAUGUAAGGUGCAAACGGAAUAUUUAAACCAUUCUAACCAGGAGUGACACUAUGGAGUGAAGAGAGACUAAGGAGGUCAGGAAAGAGUGACACUGGGCAAUAAAGAGAAACUAAGGUCACAAGGCCAAAAGUAAUGGGUGACUGAAGGAGGCAGCCAGUUCUGCCUAGGAAAAGAAUACUGGAGAUCCAUUUGUAAGGAAAGAAAAGAAAGCAAUGACAUAAUGCUCAGAGUUGGAGCCAGUUAAACCAGUAAACACAGCUAUCUUCAGAAACUAAGGAAUGAGAGGCAAAGAAGAAGGGACAUUCAUCUUGGAAAGACCCAGAGCACCUUGAAAUUUGGAAGGAAUGUUGUGCUAGCUGCUAAAGCCACCUUUAUCACCAGAAUGAAUGAAGUGCUUCAGAUUUAAAUGCUGGACAUGGUGGUCCAUACGUGUAGUCCUAACUACUCAGAAGGAUGAAGCAGAAGGAUUGCUGGAGCCCAGGAAUUCAAGAUUGAUCAUUCUUAGAAGAACUGCUGUAACACAUAGGGGAAGUGAAAACUAACAAAUGAAAGUUUUGUCAUGCACUGAAAGAAAAGCAUUGUCUGUGAAGUUCUGUUUUUAAAAAUGUCUGCUUGUAACACCUUUACGGAACACGUUUGGAAACCUGGUGAAUGCAAGAAUUGCUUUAAACCUAAAAGUUUGCACCAGCUACCCCCAGACCCUGAGAAGGCACCCAUCACCCAUGGCAAUGUGAAAACUAACGCCAAUCACAGUAACAACCACCGAAUCAGGAACACCGGAAAUUUCCGGCCUCCUGUGGCUAAAAAACCCACUAUAGCUGUGAAGCCCACUAUGAUGGUGGCAGAUGGGCAAAGUAUAUGUGGUGAGCUUAGCAUCCAAGAACACUGUGAGAACAAACCUGUCAUCAUAGGGUGGAACCGAAACAGAGCUGCCUUGAGUCAGAAACCACUUAACAAUAAUAAUGAAGAUGAUGACGGAAUUAGCCAUGUUCCUAAGCCUUACGGCAAUAAUGAUAGUGCAAAGAAGAUGUCAAAUAACAAUAAUGGACUAACUGAAGUGUUAAAGGAGAUAGCAGGCUUGGAUACCUCCCCUCAGAUUAGAGGAAAUGAAGCAAACACCAGAGAAACAUUCUUAGGAAGAAUAAAUGAUUGCUAUAAACGAUCAUUGGAAAGAAAACUUCCACCAAGUUGCAUGAUAGGUGGGAUAAAGGAUACUCAGGGCAAGCAUGUUAUUCUGAGCGGGAGCACAGAAGUGAUUAGUAACGAAGGGGGCCGGUUCUGUUACCCAGAGUUUUCCAGUGGCGAGGAGAGUGAAGAGGAUGUGCUUUUCAGUAACAUGGACGAGGAGCACGAGAGUUGGGAUGAGAGUGAUGAAGAGCUGUUGGCCAUGGAGAUUCGCAUGAGAGGGCAACCCCGCUUUGCCAACUUCAGAGCAAAUACUUUGUCUCCUGUUCGAUUCUUUGUGAACAAAAAAUGGAAUACCAUCCCCCUACGAAACAAAUCUCUGCAGAGAAUCUGUGCUGUGGACUAUGAUGACAGCUAUGAUGAAAUCCUGAAUGGUUAUGAGGAAAAUUCUGUGGUCUCUUAUGGACAAGGAAGCAUUCAGAGUAUGGUCUCGUCUGACUCCACAUCACCAGAUUCUUCUUUAACAGAAGAAUCACGUUCUGAGACAGCCAGUAGUUUAUCCCAGAAGAUUUUUAAUGGGGGAGUAUCUCCUGGUAACCCAGGAGACUCUAAGGAUAGGAAGGAAAUUGAGCCCAGUUAUGAAAGUCCUGCUAGUAAUAAUCAGGAUAAAGAUUCAUUGCAAGCUUCCAAAAGUUCCAUAAAAGUUCCAGAGACCCACAAAGCAGUCCUUGCUCUCCGAUUAGAAGAGAAGGAUGGCAAGAUUGCUGUACAAACUGAGAAGGAAGAAAGUAAAGCCUCUACAGAUGUCACUGGACAAGCAGUAACCAUAAACCUCGUCCCCACAGAAGAGCAAGCAAAACCCUACCGAGUUGUGAAUCUGGAACAGCCAUUGUGCAAGCCAUAUACUGUCGUGGAUGUGUCAGCAGCCAUGGCCAGCGAGCACCUUGAGGGCCCUGUUAACAGCCCCAAGACAAAAGGCUCAUGUUCUACUCCAAACUCGCCAGUGACAUCAUCUUCAUUGACACCAGGACAAAUAAGUGCUCAUUUCCAAAAAUCCAGUGCAAUUCGAUACCAGGAAGUAUGGACUUCUAGCACCAGUCCACGACAAAAAAUACCUAAAGUGGAACUAAUUACUACUAGUGGAACCGGACCAAAUGUUCCUCCAAGGAAAAACUGUCACAAAUCAGCACCUACUUCUCCCACAGCUACAAACGUUUCCUCCAAAACCAUCCCUGUUAAGUCACCUAAUUUGUCUGAAAUUAAAUUUAAUAGUUAUAACAAUGCUGGUAUGCCACCGUUUCCAAUUAUCAUUCAUGACGAGCCAACGUAUGCUCGGAGUUCCAAAAAUGCUAUCAAAGUUCCCAUUGUUAUCAAUCCAAAUGCAUAUGACAAUCUAGCCAUCUACAAAAGUUUUCUGGGAACAAGUGGAGAACUCUCAGUGAAGGAAAAAACCACAAGUGUAAUAAGCCAUACUUAUGAAGAAAUAGAAACUGGAAGCAAAGUGUCUGAUAACACCACUAGCAAAACCACUGAAUGUCUUCAAACUAAAGGGUUUUCAAACAGCACAGAGCGUAAAAGGGGCUCAGUGGCUCAGAAGGUUCAAGAGUUUAACAACUGUCUCAACAGAGGUCAGUCUUCACCACAGAGAAGCUAUAGUUCCAGCCACAGCUCCCCAGCAAAGAUCCAGAGAACCACUCAAGAGCCUGUGGCCAAAAUAGAAGGGACUCAGGAGUCUCAGAUGGUGGGCAGCAGCAGCACCAGAGAGAAAGCAAGCACAGUGCUUUCUCAGAUUGUGGCUUCAAUUCAACCCCCACAGUCUCCUCCAGAAACACCUCAAUCUGGCCCUCAAGCUUGCAGUGUGGAAGAGCUUUAUGCCAUUCCUCCAGAUGCUGAUGUUGCUAAGAGUACACCAGUCCGGCCCAAAUCUCUCUUUACAUCUCAGCCUAGUGGUGAGGCUGAAGCACCUCAGACCACAGACAGUCCCACCACCAAAAUACAGAAAGACUCAUCCACAAAGCCAGUCACCCCCUCUCCCUCCAAAUUAGUGACUAGCCCCCAGAGUGAGCCACCACCACCCUUUCCCCCACCACGCUCUACUUCCUCUCCUUACCAUGCAAGUAACCUUUUGCAGAGGCAUUUCACCAACUGGACCAAGCCAACCAGCCCUACCAGGUCAACAGAAGCUGAAUCAGUUUUGCACUCUGAAGGCAGCAGGCGGGCAGCGGAUGCAAAGCCUAAGCGCUGGAUAUCAUUUAAAAGCUUCUUCCGCCGUCGGAAAACAGACGAGGAAGAUGACAAAGAGAAAGAGCGAGAGAAAGGGAAACUGGUGGGCUUGGAUGGCACAGUCAUUCACAUGCUGCCUCCUCCUCCAGUUCAGCGCCAUCACUGGUUCACAGAGGCAAAAGGAGAGUCCAGUGAGAAACCAGCCAUUGUCUUCAUGUACAGGUGUGACCCUGCUCAAGGCCAGCUCAGUGUGGAUCAGAGCAAGGCUGGGGCAGACCAGGCAGCAGUCAUGGAGAAGGGUAAAGCAGAGAAUGCGUUACUACAGGACUCAGAGAAGAAGAGGAGUCAUUCUUCUCCAUCACUGAUUCCUAAAAAGAUUCUCAGUCAUAUGACCCAUGAAGUAACAGAAGAUUUUUCUCCUCGGGAUCCAAGAACUGUUGUUGGGAAGCAAGAUGACAGGGGCUGCACUUCAGCCACAACAGCAUUGUCCCUACCUGAACUGGAAAGGGAAGAGGGAAAAGAAGACAUUUCAGAUCCUACGGACCCGAACUCUUGUAGUGCAACAUACAGCAACUUAGGGCAAUCUAGAGCAGCCAUGAUACCUCCCAAGCAGCCACGACAGCCCAAGGGAGCUGUGGAUGAUGCCAUUGCCUUUGGAGGGAAAACAGACCAAGAAACAUCCAGUGCUUCCCAGGCUACCCCACCCCCACUGCCAAAGAAGAUGAUCAUAAGAGCCAAUACAGAGCCAAUCUCCAAGGACCUUCAAAAAUCCAUGGAAAGUAGUCUUUGUGUCAUGGCUAAUCCCACCUAUGAUAUCGACCCCAACUGGGAUGCCAGCAGUGCUGGUUCUUCCAUCAGCUAUGAACUCAAAGGACUGGAUGUUGAGUCUUAUGACUCCUUGGAAAGGCCUUUGCACAAGGAGAGACCUGUCCCCUCAGCAGCAAACAGCAUUUCCAGCUUAACCACUCUCAGUGUUAAGGAUAGAUUUUCCAGCAGCAUGGAAUCCCUAUCCAACCGGCGUGGGCCCUCUUGCAGACAGGGCCGAGGCAUCCAGAAGCCACAGAGACAAGCACUUUAUCGAGGACUUGAAAAUCGGGAGGAAGUAGUGGGUAAAAUCCGAAGCCUUCAUACAGAUGCCUUGAAGAAACUGGCUAUUAAAUGUGAAGACCUGUUCAUGGCUGGGCAGAAAGACCAGCUCCGUUUUGGAGUGGACAGCUGGUCAGACUUCAGGCUGACCAGUGACAAACCAUGUUGUGAGGCAGGUGAUGCAGUUUACUAUACUGCUUCAUAUGCAAAAGACCCACUUAAUAACUAUGCGGUCAAGAUCUGUAAGAGCAAGGCUAAAGAAUCUCAGCAGUAUUACCACAGCCUGGCUGUCCGACAGAGUCUGGCUGUCCAUUUUAACAUUCAGCAGGACUGUGGUCAUUUCCUUGCUGAAGUCCCUAACCGUCUGCUUCCCUGGGAGGAUCCUGAUGACCCUGAAAUGGAAGAGGGUGACAUGGAAGAGACUGAAGAAGAAGCCAAAGGAGAAAUGGAUGGGAAAAACCCAAAGCCCUGUUCUGAAGCAGCAGCAUCCCAGAAAGAGAGCCCUGGAGUCGUGAGCAAAAAGCAGAGGAGCCAUGUUGUAGUCAUCACCAGGGAGGUUCCAUGUCUCACUGUGGCUGAUUUUGUACGAGAUUCUCUGGCCCAGCAUGGGAAAAGCCCUGAUUUGUAUGAGAGGCAAGUGUGUCUGCUGCUCUUACAGCUCUGCUCUGGUCUUGAGCACCUCAAACCCUACCACGUCACUCACUGCGAUCUACGCCUAGAGAACCUGCUACUUGUCCACUACCAGCCUGGGGGCACUGCCCAAGGCUUUGGGCCUGCAGAGGCCAGCCCCACCUCAUCUUAUCCCACUAGGCUUAUAGUGAGCAACUUCUCUCAGGCCAAGCAGAAGAGCCAUCUGAUGGACCCCGAGAUCCUCCGGGACCAGUCUCGCCUUGCCCCAGAGAUCAUAACGGCUACCCAGUAUAAAAAGUGUGAUGAGUUCCAGACAGGCAUCCUCAUCUAUGAGAUGCUACACCUACCCAACCCCUUCGAUGAGAACCCAGAGCUGAAGGAGAGGGAAUACACAAGAGCAGACCUGCCUCGCAUCCCACUCCGCUCCCCCUACUCCCGGGGUUUGCAGCAGCUGGCCAGCUGCCUCCUGAAUCCCAACCCUUCUGAGCGGAUCCUCAUUUCAGAUGCCAAAGGCAUCCUCCAGUGUCUACUCUGGGGCCCCCGUGAAGAUCUCUUCCAGUCUUUCACCACCUGCCCUGGCCUAGUGCAGAGAAACACGCUGCUCCAAAACUGGCUAGACAUCAAGCGAACACUGCUCAUGAUCAAGUUUGCUGAGAAGUCCCUGGACAGGGAAGGUGGGGUCAGCCUUGAGGACUGGCUUUGUGCUCAGUAUUUGGCGUUUGCCACUACAGACUCCCUCAAUUUUAUUGUGAAAAUUCUGCAGCACCAUUAGUGUGUACCUGGAUGCUGCUUUCACCACAUCUUCACCUUCUUCCUGUCACCCACACACUUCCCCUUCCUAGUGCUCACUCCAAAUUCAAGGGAAGAAGAAAGACAAACCUCUUUCCCUGUCCAUAAACAAGCGGGUCCAUUCAGAAAGGUUAUCCACUGCCCCAAAUCAAGUGAGAAGCUGAUUCUGUCUUAACUUUACAGAAAUUCAGCUGCACAAACUUGCAGUUGCCUUCCCUUGAAACACUUUCCAUCCUAAUAGUACCAUAAAUGCAGGUAAAAAGGAAAAUCCAUGUUCUUGAAGGGACAGCUUCUUUGGUAUGAACUCAGUGAGCCAGUGACCUCACUGAGGGUCCAUUUCCUCCAUAAUUCUGGAUAUCACCUAUCUUUUUAGCAUCGAAUGUUUAUUCUCACUAGCUGUAGACAAAUUUAACAGGUUUCUACUAUGAUCCAGUAGACUCUCACAACAGACUCUUCCUUUAAGGUGUCAGCAACCAACUUACUAGGCAGAAUUGUCAUUCUUAGCAUCAGCCCACUUUUGGUUACCAGGAACUAUAUCCUUUGUUCCAGGAAAGAGUAGAAAGAAAAGGAGAGAUCCCAUCCUUGGGUCAUAGACCCAUUUUCAUUACCAUUAUUUGUAAGUAUGUGCAGUCAUGGAGGACAGCCCUAAUAGUCUCCCCUCUGCUGCCACUGCCCGAUUCUCCACUCUGUCCCCACUUGCCAAUGAAGUCUGGAUUUAUCAGCCACUUGUGGCCUAUUACAGAGCUGACCCAAGGUAGUGUCACCAUUGCCUCAGCAGGGUGGAAUACGGUCCAGAGCAUAUAAAUAGCUGGCAGGACAUAAGGAGAUGAUUUUCUUGCAUGUGCAAUUCUCUAGGGGCCAUCAGUGAACAGAGUGUAAAGUAACCUUUGAUUACUGUCAGAACUGUCAGCAGUUGCAGUUUCCCCUGAGCAGUAAUUGGCCAGCUCCCAACUAUCAGUAGCCAGUGUUAACUAGUUUACCAAAUGCUGUAAACAAUUCCCCUGAAUGAAAUAGCUGUCAGUGGAGCUCGAAGAUCUCCUUAGAGGGCACAGUGGGGUGGGCUGUUGGGAUGGCUGGAAGGCAGGGUAAGGGAAGGCCACUGAUGAGACUGCUGACCUCCUCCUCAGAAUGUUGACCUCUUCUAGAGAGACUGCCUCCCAGUGUAAGUGGCUCAUGGCUCCUCUGACUCUCUAAAACAGCUCUGGAGGACAGCUCACGGGAAUUCUGAUUGCUGAGGUGGGUGACUGAGAGCUGUUCACCAUGUGUGCAGCCUGUACUCCUCUCCUAUGGAUAUAUGUGCAAUUUUUGUAUGUAUUUUUUAGCUGUAUAUUACAGUGUUUAUGUUGCAACUUCACCUGAAGCGAGUCUACAGAAACCUUCCCCCUUCUUCCCUUGGCACAUAUUUGCGCUAAGAGAUGAGCGUUCCUUCCACUGGUGUGUGUGUGUGUAUGUGUAUGUGUGUGUGUGUGUGUGUGUGUGUGUGUGUAAUGUGUGCACCUGUGCUUGUUUUAUCCAAAACUGUGAGUGUGUGUUUACUUUGACCUUGAAAUCCCAAGAGUCACUCGAGCAAUGUGUGUGUACGCUUGUGUGCCCAUGUGUGCGUGCACAUGCGUGCUGGAAGUAAAGGCCAGGCCUCUAGAGAAGCAACCUGUGGCAGGGUUGACAGACAUGUUCUCUGUGCCUAGUCAGUGAGCGAGCCCUGAGGCCCCUCAUCUACCAGCACAGAGUUUCCUUAAAGCCAAGACUGAUUGUGUAGUAAGUAUUACGUACAUAGCACAUUAGUGGCCUUGGAAAUUUCUAAACUUUUAACAUUUUUAACAGCCUUUCAUGUGAUUUGUGUAUAUCAAAGAGGAUCAGGAAAGGAGAAUAAUGUAUUUUACUGUGCUCUUAUUAUUUUUUUAAGUGAUUGGAAUAUGUGAGGCUCUAUAUGGAGGAUGUCCUUAUCCCAUGGCCAGCAAUAUAGGACUCCCAGGAGAGAAAGCUGGUUAGCCCACAAAGAGUCUUGCCUCCUCUAGCCAGAGUGCAGGGCUCUGCUCCUAGGAAUGGCCAUGGAGUGGGCAUGCUGCUGUAGGCCAGCAGUCCACUCUUGCUGACCUGUGGCAUGGCUGUGCCUUGCCUUAAAGAUUGGUGUUUGGUUCAUCUUAGCAUAGCCCAUGUGCACAUAACUCCUUGCCUGAGUAUGCACUGAAGUGGCAACACACAGACCACUGACCAUGUCACAGCACAUCCCCUUAACCUCACCCACCUCCCACCUUGCAGUGGCUUGUGUAUUGAGAUAGACCUCAAUGUCACGCUCGUGGUGCCUUGCCCAUGUAAAUUUGAAUGUUGACUAUUUAAUGAGGUUACAUAUUUAAUGCAGAAUGUUCCCUGGUCCCUCUAUUUGUUAUGUCUCUACAUAUCUUUUUUUCCUUUGUCUUUUUCUGUUAUGAUUUGGAUCCAGUCUUUAACUCGAUGGUAUAAUAAGCAUGGGCACCUCCACUACCAUUAUCUUACAGCACUGGUAAACCAAGCACCUCUUCACGUCAGAUGUUUUUAGUACUGUUUUUAUAUUCAGAUUUGUGGAGGGCAAAAGAUGAAUGCAAACUAGCCAGAGAAGAGCUUCAGGCUUCCCAGAGACAGGUGGCUAGAUUAAUUUUUCUCUGGGUGAUGGCCAAAUAAUGUGAUGUAGAGAGGGAAGGGUGUGUUACAGGUUAGAGCAGAAUGGAGAAAGAAACUAUGUUUCCAGGCAGAGUACUACAUAAGUCCGUCUUCAGAAUAUUUUUCCAAAAAGAUUAAAUUCAGUUAAUUUAACAUUAUCACAAAUAUUUUUCAUUUUAAUUGUGAUAGGGACUUCGAAUUCGUUCAUCAACUGGAAAGAAAUUCUACCCUCUGUAGACACAGAUGCACACACACAUUAUAUAUAUAUGUUUUGAAUUGUGACUAUUAUAGCACUUUACAUUUUCUCAAGUAACAGCAAGUUAUUGCCUUCAAUAUUGAUUGGAAAUUGUUUUCUAUUGAAGUCUAUACUAUAGAUUUUUCCAUUGAUAUUGAGAGUUUAAACAAUUAAGCUCCUAUUGGAACUUUUCCUUAAGCCACACGAGCCUGAACAAUCUCUGUGACACUUGGGUGCUAGAGGAGCACAGCGGUGGCUAAGGUAGCCAAGAGCAAGACGAAUGUACAGCAGAGUGCCUUGUUAGAGUGGUAACUUGGAAGCAAUUCAGUGGAUGUUUCACAAAGAAGACUAGAACUUCAAGGAGCCUCCUGCGCUGCUGAGGCAAGCCCUUUUGGUAUACGUACACUACCGGGAUGCCUAGAAGCCACUUCAUGAAGAACAACAGCAAGAUGAGGAAAGAAGUAACUGGAACCUGUGGAACGACAACAGAAGAAUCACCAACCCCUGGGCUGAGUUAGAACUGGAAGCCAGGAAUAUGACAAUGAGUUUUGAGAUUUGCCCUCAGAAGAUGAACUGAAUGAUGUAUGGGUUGGGGUGAGGGCACAAGCACUCCUCCUGCCUACCCUGCUGCUGUUGAGGAGCUAGAAGUAAAACAUGUUGGUUAGGGUUUUAACAUUUGGAGUAGCCUCCUAUUGUCGGAUUAAGUGGGGGUCAGUUUUGCUUCCAAACUCAGAAUAAGUUUGUAAACAUGGGAAAGUCUAAGUCAAGAAAGCUAAAACUCUAGAAAUAUUAAUGGUAUUUCUGGGAGUAAAAUACUGAAAAUUAUGUUUUAAAGUUUCUAGUAUUAGAAAGUUUCCAGGAAAGAUCUUUGGGUUCCUAGUAAGCUCAGUUUUGAGUUAUAAAUACUUUGGUGCUGGGAAGUAACCUGACAUUUGGUUUUGCUGCAAUUAGGGUUUUCACUAGAUUUCACUGCAAUUAGGAUUUUCUCCUAGAUUUUACCAGCAGUGAUCUGAAAAGGUACAGGCUGGCCCCAGAAAUAGGAAUGGAUUUAGGAUACUACACUAUAUUUCAAAUGGUUCUAGAUGUGUAAAUAUAAUACAAACAUUCUUGGAGAGGGAGUGAGAGCAACCAGACUUCCUGGGCCAACCCUGGCAUAUGUUUCAUUCCCCUCACCAGUUGAUAAGGAUUGAAAAUUCUGCUCCAGUCUAACGAGUGAACAGGAUGGCUGCCCACAAAACCAGGUUAUUAGUUUUACCUCAUUGGAGCUCAUAUUCUCGAAGGCCCAAAGUGCUGUGCCGAGACAAAUCCAAGUGCUGCUCUUGUGAAGUGUGCACUGAAGUCCAGCUGUCCGUGCUUACAGCAGUGCCGAAAGUGGGGAUUCCACAGACCAAAAAUGGUGCCAUAAGGGGGGCCGGAAGAGUUGCAGUGCAAGAUCCUAGGAAAGAUGAUACCAAAGAAAUCAAGCCUUUUUAUCCUGAUGCUUCUAAGAUGAUGAGGGUGAGUUGUGACAGAUGCUGUGGGAGGGGAGUUCACAUACAUUCCGUGUCAAGGCAUUUAGCUGAUAAAUCCAUCCUCAGAAAAGCACCGUUUUAAAAAGUCCGUUUUAUAUAUUGAAUAAGAAGAAGAUGAUCAUGAUCAUGAUCAUGAUCAUGAUCCUGAUGAAAACCCUGGCAGAUACAAAGUUCCUCAGUAUUUAAAGAGAAGGAAUUCUUCCUUCUCCCCUGACAUGACUGUGGCUGUUGUCCAAACCUCAGCUUGAGAACAUCAUAUCCAUAUGAUACUGAGAGUGGAGGAUUUUUUUUAAGAGAUACAGUAGUUUUAAUAGGUUUGUUUAAAGAACUCUUGGGAAAUUUCUUAACAAAUUGUGAUUGUUUUUAUAAACCUUCCUACAGAGUUGUUUACCAUUCAUCAUCACCAUCAUUUAAUAUCUAUAAGUACCCAGAAUGUACAAGGUGCUAUACAGCUGUUAAACACCCCCUCCCUGCAACUGCUUAAAAUUAGAAUAGAUUUUGCAUCACCCACUGCUAGAAGCUUUCCCCACCUAGGUGGGCUGCAAGGCCUGCAUUCCGAACAUCCCAUUACAUGUUUCCCACUCCAGAAAGCCUCCGUGUUUAUUCCAGUUUUUCAUUUUGACCUGUCCCAUCUACCCCCAUGGUUUUUUUUUUUUUUUUAAUCAAGAAAGUUUCAGGGAAUCAAAAGAGGUCGGAAAUUUUUUAACCUAGCAAAAGUACAGAGUCAUAUAUUUUGCUACGAAUAUUGUUAUAGUACAGAAAACCCACUUUGCCCGUUGGUGUGUGGAUAAUAUGUGUGUGUCUGCGCCCGUGAUAACUUGAAUGUUGAACCAGCCAUAGGGUUCAUUUUUGAAAGGUUAAACCACACUGCUUCAGGAAUUGCUCCAAAUACUGCUUGGUUAUCCCUUCCUUUGCCAGUUAGAGCUAAAGAAUGUGAUGUGUGAACACAAUGGGUUGGGAUUUUCUGUUGAGGAUAUGCAGGGCGUUUUGGCAUGAGGCUAAGACAAGCAAGAUUUCAUCCUAUCGGCGAUUGGAAUCAUGACAGCCCUCAUUCCAGUCUCUCUCUAAUUCUCUCUGGCCCUGCCCACACUCUAUAUUUGAAAACCUUGUUUUUCUUGCUCUUUCCGGAGUUUCACCCCUCUACUUACAUAUUGUAAAGUUGUAUAAACCUAUCAUUGAAAGGUCCCCUCUGCCACCAGUGGCACCACCCUUUGGUUUGCUGUGGUACUUUGCUGUGUACUCUGUGGCAUCAUGUUACUGUGUAAAUAAAUUCAUUUUAAUACACACUAAAAA